AUGGAUCCGGGGACAGGUCGGAUUGUCCUCCGCAAGCAUGGCUCGGAAGCGACCUUCUCCGAGCUAUCUUAUGUUUAUCCUCUCAAGCUACUGUCUCCACGUCUCUCACCGCGGGACGCCAGCGCAGUAUACGUUGUUACAUAUGGCGGUGGCUUAGUAGGAGGCGACCGCGUCCAACUAUCGGUCAUUGUGGAUGAGGGGGCAGCUCUAGUGAUGUUGACCCAGGGCUCCACGAAGGUUUUCAAGAACAGACCUGGACAUAGACUCACCGCCCGCUCGCAGGGUACACUGUCCAACGCGGUUACCACACAAGUCUUGGAAGUCUCGAUUGCUCGCGAAGGCGCGCUCUUCCUGCUCCCAGACCCAGUAACAUGCUUUCGAUCGGCAGCAUACAACCAGUUGCAGGUAUUUCGACUCGAGGCUUCCGCAUCUCUCGUCCUCUUGGACUGGGUGACAUCUGGUCGCAAGUCUCGUGGCGAAGAAUGGGUCUUCUCGAGAUAUUACAGCAUGAACGAAGUGUGGAUCGGCGAUCGACGACUGGCGAAGGACAUCAUGCUCUUGGAGGAGCAGGAGACGAUUCGUUCUUUGCCACCACGGACCCUGGCCGACUCUCUUGCGCCGUAUUCAUGCUAUGCGACGCUCAUCAUGUGCGGGCCGCUAGUAGAGAGUACACUAGGUUCUCUCUCCGCCGAAUACGGACGCACGACGGUGUUCAAGCAUGCUUCUCCUCCAGAACUGCUGUGGUCGCUCAGCGCGAUUGGAGAUGGGGCGGGCUGUGUGGUGCGGGUGGCGGCGACGGAGACGGAGACGGUCAGGAACUGGCUGAACGAGAGGCUGGUGCCACUCGAGGGCGCAAUGGGCCCUGACGUCUAUCGCAGGGCCUUUGGGUAA